UGUAAUUUCAUGAAAUAGUCUAAAUAUUUCCAAGUCUUUCAGCCCUCUCUUACGGUCUUGUUCGUAAUAUUCGUUUGAGUUUAUAUAUAGUUGUUAUCAUUUUUAGUCCCUAAAAUCCGAUAGAUUAUAUGACUAUCAUGUAUGUAUCAAAUAAUGAGACAUGGGAUAAUGGUGGGCCAUGUGAUACAAGUUGCAUAACUGUGGAUCAAUCAGCAAUCCAAUUCUGUUAAUAUCUUUUGUGUUUCUCGCACACCCAACCUAACAUCCGAGCCUUCGGUGAAGUGCAACACUACACACCGUCCUUGCUUGUGUAGUAGCCAAUCUGUCCACCAUGGGAAUACCAUUUCUCACACGUCAUUUGUAUCCGUUUGCUGAGGCCGUCAUAUUGGGAAAGUCCCAGGAAGUCCAGCACAAACAAACAGAACAUGUUGAGGCUGUUGUAAUAGAUGGACCAAGUCUUGUUUACCAUGUCUCUACGCGCCUGUUAUCGCUGUCGAAUACUUUCUCUCAGCCAACCUGCGAUGAAGUAAGCUGUGCGGUGAUGGUCUACCUCUUGCAACUGAACAUGCUCGGUGUGAAAAUACAUAAGAUAUGCUUUGAUGGGGCGUUACCUGAUGAGAAACGGGAAACGCGCCUUGCUCGACUGGAGAGGUCAAGAAAAAAACUUGUGACGCUCCGGACCAAUUCACCACAAUGCUUUCAAAAGUCUAGUAGCUCACCCAGGUCUCGCACAAUAAGCCCGAAGAACAUUUUGCAGAGAAGGAGCCUACCGGCAAAAUGUGCUAAUAUUCCCGAAAAUCCCUUUAUCGUUCCUGCGGUCUUCGAAGAUCUCAAAGAUCGAUGGUGCAAGAAGAACAUAAACAGCGUGGUAAAAGACGUUGCAGACCUGGAUACUGCUUCCUUAAGCGAUUUUCCCUGGAGAGAUGCUGUCAUGAUGGUCCCAGGUGAAGCAGAUACAUAUUGCGCCCAUGUUGCUAGGCUCACCGGCUGUGCUAUACUCACUAAUGACUCGGAUCUACUGCUUCAUGACCUUGGGAAACAUGGUUCCGUCGUCCUAAUGGAUUCAAUUGAGCCGUGGACGUGCGAAAUCUCUCGACAUAAGCACACCUUGAUUCGAGCUUUAAGACUGUGUCCAAACCUAGUCGCAAAUCGGCUAGGUCUGACAAGCUUGCUUCCUUUGGCUUACGAGUUGAAAAGUCAUCCGGACACUGGUUUGAAGCAGAUAAUACAGCAAUCAAAGGAUAAAGAAUCCUUCGAACAUAUACCGGGAUAUUGUCACUUUGUGGAAGAAUAUAAAAGCAGACCAAGCCUUUCCCAGGAAAUGCUAUGUGAAAGCUAUCCCCAACACCUUGAUCCAAGAAUAUCAGAGCUAUUCUCAUUGCGUGGGAGAAUUCAGGACUCCUCAGGACAGUUAUACAUGUAUCUCGUCCUUCUGAAUGAGGACCCUGCGCGACAAUGUGCAUGGGCUCAGGGCAAGCUGUAUAGAAGCAUGGCGUAUACCGCUCUCAAUAUAUCUUUCUCUGCUGACGAAAGCUAUGCUUUCGUCGACGAGUAUGUCCGACGAGGAAGUAGAAUUACGACAGACCGCAUACCACUGGGAAAUAGGGAGUGGCUUCUGCUGGAAAUGAGUUCACUAUGUUCACUUUUGGACACAGUACAUCUUCAGUCGCGGCUUGAAAUUGCUUCGCCAGCAUAUUGGAGAAUCCUCGCAUUCUAUAUAAUUCACUAUGAGCAAACCGGUUCUGCUAUCAAUUAUACGGAGCAUUUAAGGCGACUGUUAAUGAUGGGAAACGGUGACAACCUUGAUUGGGCUGAUGUCCAUCUAAUGGCGCAGAUGCAAUCCGUGCUAUAUUCAUUGAGGAUUCUCAGACAAAUCCUUGGAUUUACAGGGUUUACCGACGAUCUGACACUUCGAAUUAGGACUAUAUUGGAUAAUUUGCCCCCCCUCCAUAUUUUGAUGAGGCCUGUACACGAGAUGACUCAGGAAUUUCGCACUGACUGCUCCGUCAGUGACCUUGUAGAUCGGCUGGUUAAGCUCUUGGGAAAUAGCUCAUAUGAAGAAGACUCCCCAGACUACAUGGCCGAGUCGCACACAGGUCGAGAUGAGUCUGCAUCGUCACCCACAGAAGUUAAUGGAUCUGGGGAUGCCCGAGCUAGUCGAUCUACCAGGACGCUAGCUAACAUGUACGAAUUACUUUCAGAGCAAUAAAUUUACAUCCCUAUGUACCGAUACAUCACUAUACAUCGAAUUGUGCUAUAAUGAAGACCAUUCAUUCAUGUUAG